UGGAGCUGCGCAACUUCAAGUCGACUCUGAAUUAACCCCGUCACCUUGAAAGCUUUGCGGCGAGCUCUCUUCAACAAACCCUAUCAACCGACAAAAAACCCUUGAAGCGUUUCCGACGAUUCGACGACAUAUUCUUACACCUCGAACCACCCUGUCACGCCAUUUACCUCUCUAGCCAUUAGCUAGCCACUCACUAAACAGUUACCAACGUAGCUGCAUUUAGGUGGAGAGCUAUUGAAGAUGUCUGGAGCUGCGGAUCGCGAGGCGGUCUUUCCCACGCGGCAGUCGCUGGGUUUAAUGAAGGCCAAGCUCAAGGGAGCUGAGACCGGCCACAACUUGCUAAAGCGCAAGAGUGAGGCUCUGACCAAGCGCUUUCGAGACAUCACACGCCGAAUCGACGAGGCAAAGCGCAAGAUGGGACGAGUCAUGUCGAUUGCCGCCUUCUCUCUAGCCGAGGUCACAUACGCUGUAGGGGGUGACAUUGGCUAUCAAGUACAAGAGUCCGCCCGGCAAGCGCGCUUCCGCAUCCGUACUAAGCAAGAAAACGUCUCCGGUGUCCUGCUCCCCACAUUCGAGAGCUAUCAGAUGGAGGGCAACAAUGAUUUUGGUCUCACUGGAUUGGGAAAGGGUGGUCAGCAGGUCCAACGCUGCAGAGAGACGUAUGCCAGAGCUGUUGAGGCCCUGGUUGAGCUUGCAAGUCUGCAAACAGCCUUCGUUAUCCUAGACGAGGUUAUCAAGGUUGUUAACCGCAGAGUAAACGCCAUUGAACAUGUCAUUAUCCCAAGAACAGAAAACACCAUCAAGUAUAUCAACUCGGAACUUGACGAGCUCGAUAGAGAAGAAUUCUACCGGCUGAAGAAGGUUGCCAACAAGAAGCAGCGAGAUACUGCUGCUGCCGAUGCAGAGAUGAAGGCCAAGAGGGAGGCACUGGCAAAGGACCGAGACCAGGAGAAUAUCGAACCCGACGAGACUGGCCCAGCCGACAUGCUGGCAGCAGGGGAGGAGGAGGAUGUCAUCUUUUGAGCCAGGGCUCGCCUCUAAGAUUGCAUGUCUAUACUUUAGGGCAGUCACAGCGAAGCGUGUUUUAAGUUGUCGAAGAAAGUACGGCCUUAACCACUGCUUUUGUAUACGCGCUCAAGUAGGGACCUAAUGAAAUUGCUUGAAACCUUGUGAGAUACCAUCCGUAUCUUGUUGGCCCAGACGGGGUGGAAUUCAUGGCUACCCCUUUUUGUUCCAUCUCUCAUCAAGCAGCAAGCGAAAAGCCCUCAGUCACAGCGAGCCGAGGCGAAAGUUGUGACUGAGUACAAGGUUCUUGAGUGGGCACUGCUUUCACUGAACCACUAUCAGCCGAAACCAUAAUAGUUGCCUAGGAACGGUAACAGGUUCUUUGUUUCAAGACAUCAGUCCAAAAACGCCUG